AUGGCAAUGAUCAUGUUUAUGGCGGACGGCUUGAUACACUACACUACCAGGACAGUUGAGGUUCACCAGGCAAAACGAUCUAACGAUAUCCAAGAGUUUGGGAAGGGCUUGGCUCAACAAUGCCUCUCUAUGGAUAGAACGGCCAACUAUGGCUUGCCAUGCACGGUCAAUAACCUCAUCCCCAUCAUCGAUUUUUUACGACAACAGAAUGAGAUGCUCGCCUUGUACCACAAUACCUCUACGAUGUCGGAAAUUCGUACGGUGGAAGCAAACGGGCAAGAAAUAGCGAUCCUACUUCCAAAGACAUCGGGGCUUUCUCCAUUUGUUGAUUUCCGGGCAUCAACUAUCGGCAUCACGACGCAAUGUAGACCCAUCACUCAUCUGUGUAAUCUGGUACCUUCUGGAAUAGACGAUAUGUUCUCGCAAUUCACCUGCAGCUCAAAUUUCUGGGGAUUGCUUGGCAAAACGACAAAUGGUACAUUUGAUCCCGACUAUCCACCUCUAUCUAUCAAGGCAAAUAGGAACAUUGUUAUGGCAUACUUCAUGGACAAGAAUUUGACGGUACCCUACAACAGCGUCGGCUACAAUCCUACAACGGGCGGACCUGACGAGAAUGGAAUCGUCUUACCUGACGACCAGCUCGUUAACGAGGUCCACAUGGCUCUCGCCAUGAGGUUUGCAUCGACAGCUGUAGAUGCCGAUGUAGACCUUUCUAUGGAUAAAGGUUUUUACAGGGGACCUACAGGGACGUACGACAUCAUUCUGAGCUGCAAUUACGAAUCUUUACACGUCGAUUACACUUGGUUCAACGGCACGAUCCGCGACGUUAUGACUGCUCCCGCACCGAACGGCACGCUAUCCGAGAUCUGGCAUGGCCGUAGUUCGCCAACAUCAGUAUCGGGCGAUAGUCCUACCUUACAGACAAUCCUCAAACAGGCUGCUGUACAGGACUCCAGCGAGACCUUUGCACGAAAAUGGGCUGACCUCUUCUCGCCCGUCGUUAUGGCUACUAUUGGUGGCGUCACAUCAAACAGAAUGAACUCGUUGGAACAGAUCAGGGAACCGACACUGGUCGUGAAAGUUUCGAUUCCAGCGCUGACGUUCCUGGCUUUCUGGUGCAUUGUCUACAUUAUCUUUGGCACUGUGCUCAUGGUUCUUGCGCUUCGAGCAGCCUCAGAACAAGACAUCAGGGAUGCAAGGGCUCGUCUGAAUGUGUAUGGCAUAGUUACAUGGGCAGUCUCGUUAGCUCAGUCAGCCGGACGAGAGGACCACGAAGAGCUCAUGCCUAGGGAGCAGAACGUCAGAGAAGAGCGACACCUGGUGGGUUUGUUACAAGGUCCUCAGCAAAAUUUCUACUACAAAGUCUUUCGUGGUGGUGGUGGCAUAUGA